AUGUUUCAAUUGAAAAAUGUUUCAAGCCAGCUUAACAAAAGUAUUCCGGCUUUUUCCCGCCGAACUUUAGCGACUAUGUCUAGCCCUCCGAAACCUGCUACUUCUAACGGCGAGUCAGUAAUUGAAAAGGCCGUUGCAGCAAACGCCCCUCGUCACAAUUGGACCCGGGAAGAAAUUAGAGAAAUUUACAACACUCCAUUACUCCAGCUUAUUUACAAUGCCUCUUCGGUUCACAGAAAGUUCCACGACCCAUCAGAAGUCCAGCUUUGCACUCUGAUGAACAUCAAAACUGGUGGAUGUUCAGAAGAUUGCAAAUAUUGCGCACAGAGUAGCCGAUACGAUACAGGCCUUAAGGCCGAAAAAAUUGUCAAAGUUGAUGAGGUCAUUCAGGCAGCACGUGAAGCAAAGGCUAAUGGCAGUACACGAUUUUGCAUGGGUGCCGCCUGGCGUGAUAUGAAGGGCAGAAAAUCAAAUUUAAAGCGAAUUUCUGAAAUGGUUAAAGCUGUUAACGAUAUGGGUCUGGAAAGUUGUGUCACUUUAGGUAUGGUCGAUGACGCACAAGUCAAACAACUUAAAGAAGCAGGUUUGACUGCCUAUAACCAUAACGUGGACACUUCUCGUGAAUUUUAUCCAAGCGUAAUUAGUACUCGCUCUUACGAAGAACGCCUGGAAACGAUAGAAAAUGUCAGACAAGGAGGUGUUAGUGUUUGUUCAGGUGGUAUUCUGGGUCUGGGUGAAUCCGAGGAGGAUCAUGUUGGGUUUUUACACACUCUUUCUAAUAUGCCCCAGCAUCCUGAAAGUGUGCCAAUCAACCGACUCGUACCAAUUAAGGGUACACCGCUUGGAGAAGAACAAGCAAAGAUCAAGCUUCCUUUUGAUGCUGUUCUUCGUACUGCUGCAACUGCCAGACUGAUUAUGCCUUCCUCAAUCAUUAGACUUGCUGCGGGACGAUAUACCAUGAAAGAGACUGACCAAGCAAUGUGCUUUAUGGCUGGUGUUAAUGCAAUUUUCACUGGAAAAAAGAUGCUCACCACAAUGUGCAAUGGCUGGGAUGAGGAUAAAGAAAUGCUUUCUAGAUGGGGUCUUAAACCUAUGAAGAGCUUUGAAAGAACAAUUGUUGAUCCUUUAAAAGAUCAGAAUGAGGAAGAAUAUGUUCAAACAGAAACAACUUCUUUGGCUGGCCGGACCAUGUCCUUUAAAUAA